AUGAAAUUGCUCGUGUUACUCCUCAUAGCGAGAAUGCUUUUGUGCAAAGUUAACAGUUGCAUGAGAAGAGAAUAUGCUUAUAUAAUACCCCUUAUGCAAAAGAAUAAAUUCUACAGGCGCAAAACAAAUUUCAACGUUAAAGUUUUCACCAACUUUCGAAACAGUACAUCGAAUAGACGCAGCGGUUUUUUGAAAUGCCUGCCCUUCCCGAACAAAACAAUGGAUGAGCAGAAGGAAGAAACGGACGUUAAGGAGGAAUCCAAAGUGAAGGAAGAAGAGAAAGAAACAACGAAGAGAAAAAUAACAAGUGAUGGACACACAAGAACGAAAAAGGCCAAAGGGAAGAGCGAAAAUGAUAUAAAAAAAGGGUCCCUAUUUAACUGCACCGUUAGGGAAGAUGACAAAGUGAGCGAUCUGACAUCACCCAAAUUUAACCCCGUACAUUUUGAUGUAAGUAAUUUAUACCUUUCGCAAAAGGAUAAAGAAAAACACAAGUUUAAGGAUUCUUUAUUGUUCACUUUUCUGACAAAUACAUUUAACCAAAUAGAAGAACUAAAGGGAAGUGGAACUGGUAGCAAGAAAAAUGUAGCAAUUAUCUUGUCCAAUGUUUUCAGAGUUCUAAUAUACUACAGUCCCAACGAUUUAAUUCCAGCUGUGUACAUAACGCUAAACAAAGUAGCACCUGAUUAUUUAAAUGUUGAAGUAGGUGUAGGAGAAGCUCUCAUUUUGAAAACAAUGUCUGAGGCGUAUAGUAGAACUGAAUCAAGCAUAAAAAAGGAUUUACAACAAAUUGAGGAUCUUGGCAUAAUAGCAGAAAGUUGUUCUUGCAAAAUGAGAACUAUUUUUCCUUUGCCUCGUUUGACUAUCCAGUCAGUAUUUAAUGAACUGAAGAGUAUACCAAAUUUGAGUGGUUCUAAUUCGCAGCAGAAAAAGAGAGAGGUAAUUAAGAAGCUGUUGGUGAGUGCGAAAAUUACUGAAGCGAAAUAUAUCGUUCGUUUUUUACAACAGCGAUUGCGAAUCGGAGUGAACAGCGCUACCGUGUUGCAGGCCCUGUCCUAUGCAUUUAUUUUAACGCGUCCGUCCAUUCCGGAAGAAAUUGUACAAAAGGGUAAAUUGAUGAACGAGCAAUUGCUAAGCGGGAAGGGAAAUGUAAGUGGGGAGGAUGGCACUGUUAGCGACAGCACAACGGAGGAUGACAAGAAUAAGGUGAAGGGCGAAAAAGGGAGGGAAGUGAAAGUAGAGAACCAAAUUGUGGAGAGUGCUUCUACCAUAAAGAAGGAAAACGAAAAUCAAAAUCAGAGCGUUCACGACCAGUUCGACUUCGAUGCGCUAGUCCAGUCCAUCAAAAUAAGAAACGAAAAAAUAAGCAAGCCGAAUUUGUUCUACGAGAUAGGGAAGGAAGGAGACACUCGUUUGCUACCCAUAUUUAAGGAGUUAAAAAAAACCUACUGCGAAAUGAAUAACGAUUCGGACAUUUUUGAGUGCAUGGAAAAAUCACUGAAGAGCGCCCUCUGUGAGCUACCAAAUAUCGAAAUUAUCAUUCAGAAUUUGUUAAAUGGAGAUGACAUGAACACGUUAAGCAAAAAGUGCACAGUCAAAGCGGGGCUACCUGUGCAACCUAUGUUAGCCAAGCCGACGAAAGGAAUACAAGAAGUACUCGACCGUUUCAACAAUGUGACAUUCACGUGUGAGUAUAAAUAUGACGGAGAAAGGGCUCAAAUACAUUACAUAGAUAAGAACAAUAUAAAAAUUUUUAGCCGAAAUUUAGAAACCAUGACAGAGAAAUAUCCAGACGUUAUUCAAAUAGUGCGGGAUCAAAUUAUCAGCGGUGCUACAGAUUGCAUUAUUGAUAGCGAAGUUGUGGCCUAUGACAUAGAGAAUAAAAAGAUAUUACCAUUUCAGGUGCUGACCACAAGAAAGAGAAAAGAUGUCGACAUUGAAAAUAUAAAAGUUAAAAUAUGUCUGUUUCCGUUUGACCUGAUUUGUUGUAAUGGGGUGCCCGUUAUUAAAGAGCCGCUGGAAAUUAGGAGGAAACUUCUGUAUUCAUUACUGAAAUGUAAGGAUGGAGUGCUGUGUUAUGCAACGCACUCCGAAAUGAACAAUAUAGAAGACAUUGAUAUAUUUUUACAAGAUGCAAUUGAGAAUAAUUGUGAAGGGCUAAUGGUGAAAACGCUGCUGGAUAAUGCGUCUUACGAACCAUCAAGAAGAUCAUUAAAUUGGUUGAAGGUCAAAAAGGAUUAUAUAGAAGGACUAUCUGACUCGGUAGAUUUAGUACCCAUAGCGGGUUAUUAUGGAAAAGGAAAAAGAAGUGGAGUGUAUGGUGCAUUCGUUUUAGCCACCUACAACUCAGAAACUGAAAAUUUCCAAAGUGUAUGUAAAGCAGGCACCGGUUUUAGUGAUGAAAUUCUUGGCUCAUUAUACGAAACUUUGAGUGGGAAAAUUAUACCAAGCAAAAAAUCCUAUUACGAAGUUUCGGAUAAGUUAAAUCCCGAUGUGUGGUUUGAUGCACACUACGUAUGGGAGGUAAAAGCGGCCGACUUGUCUCUCUCACCUGUGCAUACUGCAGCCAUCGGGGUUUAUUCGGAUGACAAGGGCAUUGGCUUGCGUUUUCCCAGGUUUCUGAGGCUCAGGGAGGAUAAGAAUGCGGAGCAGGCCACCACAUCGCAACAGAUUGUUGAUUUGUACGAGGCACAGUUCACGUACAACAAAAAUAAAAACAACUUUAAUGAGGAGAGUGAAAGUGAAUGA